AUGACAGCAGCGUCAAACACGUCCCCACGUGCAUUACGCGCUGCUCGACGUGGAGAGGAGUCGCGGCCACACGAGCAGCGACGCGGGGAGCUGGGGGGCCGGGAGGGAAUAGCAACACCUGAGGAGUUGGCGGAGGACCAGGAGGCAGGGGGCGAUGCGGCUGCGGCCGCGGCGGCAGCGGGAAAUGCCGCAACAAUGACAGAGCCGGAGGCGGCUGUGAUGGUUGAGGCUGUGGUGGCUGCGGGUCCGGAGGGGCUUGCUGCUGAGGCGACUGGGGCGGAGGUUGCUGCUGAGUCUGACGGGCCUGACGCUGCCUUUGGCGGUGGCCCAGCCUCACCCUCUGCCAUCCCCCAGGCGUGGCAGCCGGAGGAGCCGGCACCAGCAGUGGCUCAGGAACAGACCGAGGAGGUGGAGCUGGCGGUGUCACCGGAGCCUGUGACGGCGUCUGUGCUGGCCGCGGCGGUGACGGCGGCGGCAGGGGAACAGGACGGAGCCCUGGCCGAGGAGGAUGCGCAGACUGCCGCUGCGAGCGCCGGAACGUCUGCUGUUGCCGAGGGCGCAAGCAAGCAGGGGCACGGCCGGGGGGGAGCGAAAGACGGGGUCACGGACCCGGCGGGACUUCCGGCGCUGCCCGCGGGAAGACGAAGCUUCGAGCCCAGCCAGCACCGAGGCGGCCCGGAGAAGGGCUGGGACCUGGUCCCCCGGGACCCCUUCUGGGCUGGCUUCUGCAAGGGCAGUUGCCACAAGGGCAAGAGCGACAGUGGCCAUCUGGGGGGACAAGUGGCGGGGACAUGGAGGCAGGGAAUGUGGGACGAGAGCACAAGGCAUUACCUGGGGCCCGCCAAGGGUUGGCCAGGCAACGCGAUGCUGGCGCCGUGGAUCCCGGCGGGAAUACCGCAACAGACCGGCCGAGGCGAGCAGAACGCCGGCACCAGGGGCGGAGCUACGGCUCGCGGAACGAGGGGAGGAGGGCGAGGUGCCAGAGGGGGACGGGGCGGAAGGGGUCCAAUCGUUGGCGGAAGGGUUGCGCUUGUGCGAACGGGAACGUGGCGGGAACGCCACGUCCGACCGGAGCAAGCGGAGCCAGCGACGAAUCAAAACGAAGAUGAUGAGGCCAACAUAGAGGAGGGGGAAGAAUAUAUAGCUGAAUCGGCGGAGCCAUCUGAGGAAAUCUCGUUGGAGGACGAGGAGGAUGUACGCGUGGCGAGAAGGGCUGGGGAGCGAAGGAGAAACCAGAGCAGCGGGCUAAACCCCCAGGCCGAUAACCCACAGGGGACGAGAAUUAGGAACGAGGAGGUGAAUGGAGAGAGGGGAAACCCUCGGGUGGUGGGAGAGAACGGGGACGCACCCAAUGAGGGACAGAGUGACUCAGGGGUCCGAUCACCGUCUGACCUGGCGGACGACACUGUCAUCUGGGAGCUGGCAGCCACGUGGGAGAAAUACCCACUCCAAAAAGGGGACCAACCCUUCGUGGUGCGCAGAAUGCCGCCCAAGAUCCUGGAAAGCUACACGCUCUGCCUCCUGGCGCCACUCAUUCGACUCUCGAAAUAUCCUGACUGCCCAGGCGCAUGGGCGAUCCUGCAGUAUUUGCCGAGGCUGACGUUGCGUCCGGCCCCUGAACCCGUUGAAGGCAGUCGGUGGACGGCAAUAGAGCUGCGCCUGCACCAGUUUAUGCGCAAGGGCGGAGGGUUUGAUACGUAA